AGCGCACUCAAGUUGUAGCAGUCUGGUUGGUCUCGUCUUCAGUCAAACAGCGCAGCGAGCCCGUCCAUCGUGUGGCGGACACGGUAAGUGUACCGUUGUGUACACGCAAAAUGCCCGGAAAGUGAGUGAAGAGGACAGUGGGACUGUCCUGACAUUGGCGCUGGAUUUUGUUCGAGUUUUCUGACCAAAAACCUGAGUCUCCUGCGCCGUAUCCGCAGCAUUGGGCCUCAUGGAGCUGGGGACUCAACGGCUGCUGUACACCAGGGAACUUGAUCCAUGCCCGGUUCCCGGCAACCUACCAUAGAGAGUGGGAACCUUGAUGACCGUUUGUUUUACCCCCAUUUCUCCCCUCAAUUUGGUCCCGUGGUGAUAUCGUCCUCUCCUUCCUGCGUUCUGCAAAAUGAUUGGCAAGCUGAAACAGAACUUGCUGGUGGCGUGUCUGGUCAUCAGCUCGGUCACGGUCUUCUACCUGGGCCGCCACGCCAUGGAGUGCCACCAACGCAUCGAAGAGCAUGGCCAGUUGGGCGCCAUCCUGCCUCUGUCUGCCCUGGGGGGCAGCAUGCGGACCACCCUACGGACAGGGCAAAAUCUUAGCAUGCCCUUCGUUUACAACAAAGACAUGCCACUCAUCUUCAUUGGGGGUGUGCCCCGCAGUGGAACCACGCUAAUGCGAGCUAUGUUGGAUGCCCACCCCGAGGUGCGCUGUGGUGAAGAGACCCGUGUCAUCCCUCGUAUUCUGGCCAUGAAGCAGAUGUGGAGCCGCUCGGGCCGGGAGAAGAUGCGCCUGGACGAGGCAGGCGUAACGGAUGAGGUGCUGGAUGCUGCCAUGCAGGCCUUCCUCCUGGAAAUCAUUGUCAAACACGGAGAGCCUGCCAACUUUCUCUGCAACAAGGACCCUUUUGCUUUGAAGUCACUCUCCUACCUGGCCAAAAUCUUUCCACGUGCCAAGUUUGUGCUCAUGAUUCGCGACGGCCGGGCUUCCGUCCAUUCCAUGAUCUCGAGGAAGGUAACAAUCGCCGGAUUUGACCUGGGCAGCUACCGCGACUGCCUGACCAAGUGGAAUCGGGCGAUAGAGACUAUGUACACUCAGUGCCUGGAGGCAGCUGACAAAUGCCUACCUAUGCACUAUGAAGAGUUGGUCCUUCAUCCUGAGAAAUGGAUGAAGACACUGCUGAAAUUCCUUGACGUUCCUUGGAAUGAUGCAGUCCUCCGCCACGAGGAGCUCAUUGGGAAAGCUGGAGGAGUGUCCCUCUCCAAGGUGGAGAGGUCCACAGACCAGGUCAUCAAGCCUGUUAAUGUAGAGGCAUUGUCCAAGUGGGUGGGAAAGAUCCCAGCUGAUGUAGUGAGGGACAUGGCUGUCAUCGCCCCCAUGCUGUCCAGACUGGGCUAUGACCCACAUGCCAACCCCCCAAACUAUGGCCGGCCUGACCCCAAAGUCCUGGACAACACCAGAAGGGUCUUUAAAGGUGAAUUUCAGCUACCAGAUUUCCUAAAAGAACAAUCACAGAUUCAGAAGUCUGCAGAGAGGCCCAAACCCAGUUAGGAGCAGCAGGGAGGCCGUCACCUUAACACACAGGAACCAAGGUGCAGCGGAAUCACAGACAUCGUCUUGCCUCUCACGCUUCAAAGGGCACAGCAGGACAGUCUCCUCACCAGAGAACUCUUGGCCUUCCAUGUUGUGCAGAAUGUUAAAUGUUACUAAUACGUCUCACAACUACAGAAUGUCUGCCGAUUGUUAUUUCUUUGUGUCAUGUCACGCUAUACAAGUUUUUUUUAAAUAAUUUCUGGCUCCUUAGAGAAAAAAAAAAAAUCUGUGAUUCUGUUGUAAGAAACUGCAGUGAACAACGCAAGACACAUUUAUGAAUGAAAAAUUAGCUUUUGGAAGACGCCAUACCAAUUUUAAUGUUCUUAAUCUUUUUUCAUGCCUUUGUAUUGUGAAACAUCAUGGAUACUAACAUGAUAAACAUCUUUUUUUAAA